CUGGCUGGAAGUCACGGCGCCGGGAGGGCGGCGGCAGCUCCGCGUCCCCCAGCACCCAACACGCCGCGGGAAGGGACCCUUCCCCUCGCCAUGGCUUCCCUGGGCCAGAUCAUCUUCUGGAGCAUUAUUAGCAUCAUCAUUAUUUUGGCUGGAGCCAUUGCCCUUAUCAUCGGUUUUGGUAUUUCAGGGAGACACUCCAUUACAGUCACCACUCUGACCUCAGCUGGAAACAUCGGGGAGGAUGGAAUCCUAAGCUGCACUUUUGAACCUGACAUCAAGCUUUCUGAUAUCGUGAUACAGUGGCUGAAGGAAGGUGUUAUAGGCUUGGUACAUGAGUUCAAAGAAGGCAAAGACGACCUGUCAGACCAAGAUGAAAUGUUCAGAGGCCGGACAGCAGUGUUUGCUGAUCAAGUAAUAGGUGGCAAUGCCUCUCUGAGGCUGAAAAACGUGCAACUCGCAGAUGCUGGCACCUACAAAUGUUACAUCAUCACCUCCAAAGGCAAGGGGAAUGCCAACCUUGAGUAUAAAACUGGAGCCUUCAGCAUCCCAGAGGUGAAUGUGGACUAUAACGCCAGCUCAGAGAGCUUACGGUGUGAGGCUCCCCGAUGGUUCCCCCAGCCUACAGUGGUCUGGGCAUCCCAAGUUGACCAGGGAGCCAACUUCUCAGAAGUCUCCAAUACCAGCUUUGAGCUGAACUCUGAGAAUGUGACCAUGAAGGUUGUGUCUGUACUCUACAAUGUCACGAUCAACAACACAUACUCCUGUAUGAUUGAGAACAACAUUGCCAAAGCCACGGGGGAUAUCAGAGUGACAGACUCUGAGAUUAGAAGGCGGAGUCACCUACAGCUGCUGAACUCAAAGGCGUCCCUGGGUGUCUCUUCUUUCUUUGCCAUCAGCUGGGUACUCCUGCCUCUCUCCCCUUACCUGCUGCUAAAAUAAUGUGCCCUGGACACAGAGAAACACGCAAAGUCAUUAGUACGACAGAUGACGUGCAUCCUU